AUGCCCAUCUGUCAGCGGUGCGUGAAGAAAGGGAUAUCUGAAAAGUGCUACUACCAUGAGGCCCCUUUGACUCGGGUUAAGGACCGGAAUCGAGUCACCAAGCCACAAACCUCUAGUGUUGUUAGGGCAUCUGUCUCGGGGCGGCGUAGCUCUGAUGUCGAUAAUAUCCUUGUCAAAUACCCAGCUUCCUCAGAGGAGAAAGCAGAUGGUGGGACCACCAUUCAGAAUGCCUACCUCGGCUCAACCAGCUUUCUCUCCGUCUUUCAGGACACUCCAUCUGGAUUCUCCAGCUGCUCUGUCCUCUCGCCACAAGUAGAUCUAGGACAAUGGGGCUAUGAUGCAGCAUAUACGGAAAUCAAUCUGGCUCGACUGCUUUCCGCCUUCGAACUUUACGAGAAGCUGAUUAUUUCUUUCUACGAAAGAUGCAACCUCACUAUUAUUCCAAUGCAGCUCAUUAUUGCUCCUAUAAGGGCCACUAGGGCCUACUUUGAUGCUGGUGGGUGGCUUCAAAAGUCACGGCAGCGUGAACUGUACGCGAAGAUAACUCAGAACACGGCUCGUCCACUGCAAGUCACCGGUACUCCAUCGCUGGAAGGCUUUUGUUCUCUGUUCUCUGGAGAGAACAUACGAUGGGAGUUUGUUGGAGUAAUGUUUUCCUUAGCUGGGCUGAGCGCUAUUUCCGACCAUCUUCUUACGGCAACACCUUACCCUCCUGAGGACGAAGUUCCCAACAGAGAAGCGUUUGCAAAGGAGAUGGCUGCUGCAUGUAAUAGCUGUUCGCAACUAUGCAAACGCUAUGACAACUGCAACGACAUAAUGGUUUGGCUACAGUACACUUAUGCAAUGCUAUCGUCAGAUGUCCUGGGAGAAACGAGCGACCUGGUCACCGAUAUAUAUGGGAUGGGUCUUCAUCGUCACAAAAACCCAGAUUCGGACGUACCUUUUUUCCUUUCAGAAGUUCGAAAGAGACUGGUUGCAGCAACAUAUCGAACAGAUAAGAAUAUAGCCACAUUUUUAGGGCGGCCCCCACGCCUUCCAUAUCACUAUUGUGAUGCAUCCCUUCCUCUCGACAUUGAUGAUGACGAGCUUUUUCUUCAAGGCGAUGAGCUUGACAGGGUUUUACAGAAACUUACGCACGACGGCUGGGGCUCUGAAGGAACGUCAAACGGUAAAAUACGCCCAGUAACCGCCAUCAGGAUGCGUUAUUUCUCCUCAAUCUUUCGGGAGAAAGUAUUGAGGCUGUCUCUUGGUCGAAAAGGGGCCAAUUUCUCUCAUGACCUGCAGGAAACGUACCAAGAGUGCAAGCGGAUGUUGGAUGGGGUUCCCGGUUGGUUCCACUAUCGAACCAACUGCUGGGAAACGCUUGACUCGGUUACGUGCAUUGUAAGCCUUGUGAUUUACCUUGAGUGCAUACAUACAAUGUUUCAGAUUGAACGCAUACGCUGUCGAGAAAAGCAGGGCUCAAUAAGGGACCUUCUUGACAGCUCGAUGCAAGCCGUUUCUGCUGUGAUAGACUUCACUAAACAGGGGGAGAAGAAGGGUAACAAAGUUUGGAAAGACUUUGCUUGGGUGUUUCUACUCUAUGCUCUGCCGACGGCGGGUGUCCUCGCAAUUGAGCUGCAUCGAUGCACGGUCACCGAGACCCCUUUGUCAUCUAGCGCACCCCGGUCAGAAGUCGUUCGCAACCUUAGCAUGAUAGUUUCAUGGUUCGAAUGUACUGACCUGCCAGUUAAUGCCACUCAUAACACUUGUGUGGAGGUUAGUAAAGCUAUCAAUAAGCUUCUAGACGAUACUCUCAACUAUCAGCCUGGUGCUUGUCAGCGACGAAUAGGAGCUCGGCAGGAAGUCACUGAACUAGCUGUCCCAUCUGAGAUCCCGCAAACUACGACCAGUGCUACCCCAGGAGGAGACGCCGAUACCGCGGUGAAAAAUACUAAGCCCUACGACUUGGGGGCUCCAGUGUUACAACCUGAGCCGUUUGGCAAUGAUUUGACCAAUGGCAUCUCUAUUGGAACUGGCGAAAGCUUUCUCACCUGGCUUGAUGAGCUUGGGAUGGAUACGUCCAUCCCUGAAUUUCUUCUAUGA